CCAGCUGCGGUCGGUCGAGAAAGCCUCGGUCAAGUCCGCACCCGACAGGCUCGGGGCUACAAGGCAUGUGGGGCUUUACCUGGGUCGACCUCCAGGAAAAUCGAGAUCAGGGCGGAGACGUGCUGAGAGGUAGGGACAGACUGGAGCCUUAGGAGGUGGGACUUGGGCGGAGGCACUCCUCUGGGCGCUCGCGGUGCGUAGUGGGUGCUCUGUCCCGCUCCUCUUGGCUGAACACGUACGAGGGCAGUCAUCCUGGGGAAACUGAGGCCGCCAAAGUCACAGGGUUCAUCCGAACAUCCAGCCCCCAACCUGGCGCGGCAUCCAGGCACCUGCUCCAACUGGGGACAACCGGCGGCCUGGGCCGCCACCCUCCCCCCCAAGGGGAGCGGUGAUAAAGAUGCGGAACUCGUCGCGCGAAAGCAGAGAGGGGAGGGAAGAGGCGUUGAGAGUCUCGCGCGAUGUGAGCUGGAUCCGCGUGGGUCCCGCCAACCCAGCCGCUGUUGAAGACGCCCAGGACCCGGAGUCCGGUGGGCACAGCAUUCGGGUGACCUCGGAGCCUCAGGAGAUCCGCAGCUCGCCUGCUCCAACGCCCCUUCCCCAACAUCCCUUCCUUGGGACCUCGGCCCCUCCUGCAUCCUACUGUUCUAUGAUACCUCCCAGAGCUUCAAGGAGGCGCUGUGUGCGCGCUGCUGGAGGCCGCGCCUCCUGCCUCCAACUUAAGGUCUGAGCUGGAACUAGCAUUUGGCAAGAGCUCUUGAAUACGUGUGAGGGACGGGCAAGGUGACAUACCCUUGAAGCCUCAAUCACAGGAGGGAAAUAAAGGCUUUUUUU